AUGGAAUCAACGAGCUCGACCGCUUCCUGUUUGUGCCAGCAGGUGGUAAAGAUUAGAUUGCAGCAACAAAAAGGACUAAGCACGGACCUGCUGAAAUAUAAAGGGCCCAUACACUGUGCAAAGACAAUUGUUCGUGAGGAAGGCAUUUUUGGUCUGUGGUCUGGAGCAUCACCAACUGUCAUGCGUAACGGUACAAACCAAGCUGCGAUGUUCACAGCCAAGAACACGAUAGACAUUCUUCUCUGGAAGAAGCAUGAAGGGGACGGCAAGGUUCUCCAGCCAUGGCAGUCCAUGGUCUCUGGGUUUCUUGCAGGAACCGCAGGGCCGAUCUGCACCGGGCCUUUCGACGUGGUGAAGACCAGGCUGAUGGCCCAAGGGAGGACCGGGGACAUCAAGUACAAGGGCAUGUUCCAUGCGAUACGGACGAUACACGCGGAAGAGGGCCUCCGAGCCCUGUGGAAAGGCCUGCUUCCCAGGCUCAUGAGGAUUCCACCUGGUCAGGCCAUAAUGUGGACAGUGGCUGAUCAGGUGAUGGGCCUUUACGAGCGAACAUAUCUGCAGUCGGCUCAGGUGUAA